AUGCCAUACUUUUCCUUAACUAACUCACGAAUUGCAUUGGGAAUAAAUUUACAACCAACAACAAUUUACAAUGUGAUUUAUGAUCAAGGCCAAACAUUGCAGUUUUACAAAGAAUGUUUUGAAAAUCAAUUUAUAAAUGCGACAGAAAAGUAUUACCACAGUGAAGUAUUGAAAAUUGACACUUCAGACUCUAUAACAGAAUAUUUAAAACGAGUACGUAUAUUAAGAAUCACUUCGUCACAACAGGCAAAAUUUCUCAUUCACAAUAUCCUAAUACAGGUGGAACAAUGUUUGGAUGGUGAACGUCGUAUUAAAUCCUAUCUACAUGCCUCAACACAAGAACUGUUAAUUGAAAAGUGUACUGAUAUCCUGAUUAAGCCGAAACUGAGUGCAAUUAUGAAUGAAUGCAAAAUAUUAGUACAAGGCGAAAAUAAUAAUCACGAUAUAGCAAGGUUGUAUAAAGUCGUGAGUUAUGUUCCUAAUUAUGAUUCUGAAGUGGAGCGAAUUGCUAAAGAACAUGUAAGUGCGGAAAUCCAACGAGUUGCCUCAACAACAAGAAAUGUCGAAGUAAUUUUCAAUCUUUAUAUGAAAUUUUCAAAGUUAGUUGGUGAAGCAUUCAAUGGAAAACAAGAGCUUACAACUGCUAUACAUAAAGUUAGUUCUGAUUCUAAUGUUUCAUCUUUAUGCGUGCUAGAAUCACUACUUUUCAAAUAA